CGGACAUCUAACGGAAAACACCAUGUCACUACAGACGUACCGUCUGUAAAGUUACAGGAGUGCUUUAUUUAGCUUUCACAGUGUCUCGCUUACUGCUGACACGUUUAUUAAAUCACAACGUCAAGAGAUAGGACCGGCUGAAGGCUGGACAGACAGGAACGCUGAUAAACCUCUCAGCAGUAAGCCAGACAGUUUCUUCUUGUAGGCUGUAACCUAAUGGGUGGACACUAAUUUGCCUAAUCUUCAAGGGCCUUUAGUCUUCAAGGGCCUUUAGUCUUCAAGGGUCUUCAGCAAGGGCUGAAGGAACCUUUUAGUUCCUUGAAAAGUAGUUCCUGGGCCUUAAAGGUCCGCGUACUUUGGGUGGAAACGCGGCUUUUGUGCAGCAGUCGACUGGUUUUAACGUCAGGUCCAGUCAGCUGAGGAAAGAUGCUGACUGCACAGCUUUUCUCUUGAACUUGUUGCUGACUCAGAGGAAGCAGUCCAAACGUCGGCUUUCUGAAAGCUAUUUCGGACGUGUUCGGCCGCUUCUGUAAACCGGAAACAGCAUAAAGACUUCUCUCAUUGGCUGCAGCAGUAUAUCCUGUUAUAUUUGAGUCUUUCAGCACAGGAUCCUUGUUUGGAUCCGAGAGCUGCAGUCACGAGUCGGUGACACGCAGUCACACUCACACGCAGCCCGCCUGAUCUCAGUUCCUGCUCCACGGUUUGCUUUGUCCCCCCACACGAUGCUUUCCUUGCAGCAAGUGGAGCAGGGCUUGGAGAGCGCCGGGCAGGCUCACGUCCUGCAGUUCUGGCCGGAGCUGUGUGAGGAGGAGAGGGACACUUUCCUCACGGAGCUGUCCCAGCUGGAUCUGAAGGGACUGAAGGAUCACUGUGAAGGGGCUGCGAGGGCUGCAGCGUCCCCGUCCGCCAGCCUGGAUCGACACAUCGAGCCAGUCCCUGCCGAGUCCAUCGGCAGCGCGAGGAAAAGUGCCAGGAAGUCUCUGGCAGACUGGGAACAGGAAGGGCUGCUGCAAAUCUCAGAGAAUCGAGUUGGAGUCCUACUCUUGGCCGGCGGUCAGGGGACCCGUCUUGGGGUUCAGUAUCCCAAAGGGAUGUAUAACGUUGGACUACCAAGCGGCAAAACAUUGUAUCAAAUCCAGGCAGAGCGCAUUCACAAAAUCCAGGAGCUGGCAGACAGAAAGCAUGGCUCAAAAUGCACCGUUCCAUGGUACAUAAUGACCAGUGAGUUCACUCUGGCUCCCACUGAGAAGUUCUUCAAGGAGAACGGCUACUUUGGUCUGGAGCCAUCAAACAUCGUUAUGUUUGAGCAAAGGAUGAUUCCAGCAGUGACCUUUGAUGGAAAGGUCAUCCUGCAGGCUAAAGGGAAGCUAGCCAUGGCCCCAGAUGGGAAUGGUGGUCUGUACCAGGCAUUGGUGGACCACAAGGUGCUGGAGGACAUGAAGAAAAGGGGAGUGGAGUACCUGCAUGUGUACUGUGUGGACAACAUCCUGGUCAAGAUGGCCGACCCCGUAUUUAUUGGGUUCUGUGUGAGCAAAGGGGCUGACUGUGGAGCCAAGGUGGUGGAGAAGGCGUACCCUGCAGAGCCAGUGGGUGUGGUGUGCAGGGUUCGAGGCGUCUCCCAGGUGGUGGAGUACAGCGAGAUCCAACCAGAGACAGCUGAGCUCCGAGGACCUGGAGGGGAGUUGGUGUACAAUGCUGGAAACAUCUGCAACCACUUCUUUACCAGGGCUUUCCUGCAGGACGUAGCAGAGAAAUUUGAAGGCCAACUUCAACAACAUGUUGCAAUCAAGAAAGUGCCCUUUGUGGACACAUGUGGCAAUCAAGUCAAACCCACCGAACCCAAUGGCAUAAAGAUGGAGAAAUUUGUUUUUGAUGUCUUUCCAUUCUCAAGGAACUUUGUUGUGUUUGAGGUUGUGAGGGAGGAUGAGUUUUCCCCCCUGAAAAAUGCGGACGGAGCCGCCACAGACAGCCCGAUCACGGCCAGAAACUCUCUGCUGGCUCAACACUGCCGCUGGGCCGCGGCUGCAGGAGCCACGCUGUCGGAUGAACAUGGGAAUACCCUUUCUCCCACAGCCAGUAUAUCAGCAGGGGACAGUCCUCCAGCACUCUGUGAGAUUUCACCACGGGUCUCCUACUUUGGAGAGGGCCUGGAGCAGCUGCUGAAAGGGAGGACACUGCCGACUCUCUUCAUUCUGGAUGAGAAAAGGGCCGAAGAGCUGCAGGCUCGGUCGCAUCUCUCAUAUUAACAGAGGAUUUUGUGAUGGCGGCAGAGAUUCCAGUACAGUGGAGUACAGAAUAGAGAUGGCAACCCUGGGUGGAUUUUCAGCCCAAGAAUGCACAAUUGUUUAAAAGAAUAUUUGAACUGUAUGUGAAGAAAAUCAUAUCAGACUGCCAUUUCAUGCCUCUCAUGUCUCUUUGUUGAGGGAGAGCCACACAUCAUGUGAUGUGAUCACUUGAAGACAAAUAAGGGACUGGCAAUGAGUUUAUAUAAACUUUUUGUUUAUUAAAAUAUCAAAAUCCCUCA